AUGGCGGCGGCGGCGCUCAUUGGGCAGCGCCCGCAGGUUGUUACAAAACCAGGCGGUUUUGUAACGCGCCGGGCCCGGCCCGCUCCGCGUGCCCGCCCCGGUCCCGGGGCUCGCCGUGAGGGGCCGCCCGCUCCGGUCCCGGGGUUCGCCGUGAGGGGCCGCCCCGCUCCGGCCCCGGUGAUCGCUGCCCGCACCGUGAGGGGCUGCCCCGCUCCGGCCCUGGGGCUUGGCGCUCCCCCGGAGGGCUCCUCCGCCCCUCGGACACCCCGUCCCGCCGGCGCUUCCCCCGGCGCGGGGGCUGAGCCGUGCGGAGAGCUCGGGCUGGGGCUGUGGAGCGCUGCCCGCCGGCACACCGGAGUUCGGUGUGAGCCGCUGGUCUGCCUCGGAGAGACGCGGAAUUGCUCCAGGGCUCGGUGUUUUGGUGCCUCGUGUAAUGCGAAAGGAACCUCGGCUCCAAGUGGUUUUGAAAGGCGAGAAUGCCAUUUCCUGCUAGAACUGGAAUCGCGAAGCUUUGUAGCUGCACAGUUAAUCAUUCUCUUUACGGGAAUCUACGGAGUAGUGAAGCUAUUUUCAUGUCAGCCUGUGGUAAGCCAGAAGACAAACCAGCUUCACAGAGGAAUUAAUGCAGUCUACAGUUCACCUGGAAGGUUAAAGACUGAGAUGCAGUAUGGAUCAAAGCUGAAGUUAUUGAUGAGUCCACUACAAAGCAAAUGGAACAGGAAGCUUCUGAACAAUUUAAAAUCCUGCUGAUGGUUUGUUUGAAACUACAGGACACAUUCUUGCCCAGGUUUUAAAAGCUUUCUGGACCACAGCUAUUCAUCUAUCUUUAGAUUGGUAUGGACUGCUGUCAAAGAAGUCUCCUCUUUAGAAGUGUGACAAAUAAGCCUUACUAUGCUUGUUGUGAUUUUUUAAAUCCAAAAGGCAAGUCAUCCUUUCCUACACAAACAUCUGUGGGAGUGUAAAAGGCCUCCUUAACCCACAAUUUAAUUUCAGUAAUUUUCUGCAGGGAGUGAGGAAGAUAAAGGCAAGUUCUACAACCAUAAAACAUGAAAGAGACAAAUAUGGGUGGUAUUACUGUGAUAGAAACCCUGUAAUUAGCUGGAAUAAGCCAAUGCUCAACAGCAGCAGUGGAACUUUCUAAAGUACAUCUGACUUCUGACAAAGUGAGUUCCAGAGCCACAGCCUGCUGUCUUUGGGCAAUUGCUCACAGCCUCCAUGUCUUUGCUGCUGGGGAAAAUUCAUUCAGGCAAGGAGCAAGGAAUUAAUCAGUUUUUUGGCAAAGCUCUUAGGAACAUACAUGUGGUUAAAUGAGACUUGAAACACGUUUCACAUUAAGGGAGUCCUUCCAAGGUAAACUCACAGGCCAAAGGAGUAACUCAGAACAGACUAUUCCAGUACAAAGGGAGGGACCUACGAUGACCAUCCAGGCCAACUGCCUGAGCAGCCCAGGAAACUCCAGCCUGAGCUUAAAUGCUUUCGCAGCCUGGGGGCUUGGAAAUCCUCCUGCCUGUGACUUCCAUCCCAGCUGUAGGCAGCCCUUCAUCCUGGGGUCUGGCCUGCAUGACUGAUGAGCUGGAGUGGGCUACAGGAUCUCUGCCUCUUGCUGCUCACCACCACUGCAGGUCAGAGGUUUCUGCCUGAUGUCAGCUGAUUUCAUGGAAUCAAACACACAGGCAACACAGGAAACAAGAGGCAGGCAUCUCCAGUUACAAAACUAUGAGAUAACAGCUAUUUAGCCCAUUCUGAUCAACCAGCUAAAGAAACAGAUUUCACCUUUCCACUGCUGUAAUUAUAUGGAAUUAGCCCUGGAAGCCCAGAUGAUACUUCUGUCUUGAUCCACAGUCUUCCAAUUUUCUUCCAAAUUAGCCUUUAACUAUCCAUAGCUAAACCAUAGUCACUUAGUAAGAAACGAGGCAACAAUUUUAUGCAAAACCCAAGAUCACAUUUGUCAUACUAGAAGGCAGGAGUGGGUUUGUUAUUUUAUUUUUAUUUGAAAUAAUGCAGAGCUUUCUUAUGAUACAUACACAUUGAUAGGGCUUCCGGUAGCACACUUUCAAAAAAUUAGUUAUGAAUCAUAAUCAGAAAUAAAUGACUCUUACAUCUAUUAAGACAGUUAUUUAAAAAAAUGUUUUGAUGAAUCACGCAAAAAUGUUCACAAAGAGCAUUAUAUUUUUUCUUAGAUAAAUGUUUUGUUCUUUCUAAAUCUUACAAAAAGAGCCUGUGCUUUUAAACACUUGAAUUGAGAAAAAAUAUUUACAGCAGACAUCAUAAAUACCACAUUGAAGUUCAUAGAGGCAAAGUGGUGAUGGUCCCCUGUUUUGCAUUCACAAAACAUGCUGAGGGUUUCAGAUUUCUUCCAUAAACUCCCAAUUU